GACCUAAACUGGCCCCGCGCGCUCGCUGGCACGGUGCUCCUCUCCUCAUCCUGUCGUCCUCUCCACCGACCGGCCACCGAGAACGAACCAGACAAUGCCGCGCCACCUGCUGCAGCAGUCCGUCGACCGCCUCACCGCGAUGGCCGAGCCUCCGGCGGCCGCCAUGGCCGGGGGUGCGACGAGCGCGCACACCAACACGGUCCUGAUCGUGAUCGCGGUGCUCUGCUUCCUGCUGUGCGUGGUCGGGCUGGCCAUGGUCGCUCGCUGCUCCAUGCUCUGCAACCCCUCCGCCUUCUCCGUCGACGGGCCGGCGGCCAAGGCGCCGUGCGGUGGCCUCGAGAAGACCGCGCUGCAGUCGCUGCCGACCGUGUCGUGGCGACCGGGACAGAGGGAGGUGGACGAGGAGGAGGGGGAGCGGCCGGAGUGCGCCAUCUGCCUGGCGGAGUUCGCGCGCGGCGACGAGGUGCGCGUGCUCCCGCACUGCGGCCACGGCUUCCACGCCGCCUGCGUCGACGUGUGGCUCCUCUCCAGCUCCACCUGCCCGUCCUGCCGCCGCGCCCUCGUCGUGGUGUCGCCGGCGCCGCCAACCACCCAUCCUCCCGCGCGCGCGGCGACGUGCUGUGCGGCCACCGGCGCCGGCUCUGGCAGUUGCCGGUCAUCAUCGGCACCGUAGAGACGACCUUUAAAAGCUCUGUCGGUCCGCCCUCGCUGCAGUCUGCAGAGACACGGGCCAGCACACGUACGUACAUAUUGUACAAAUUAAGUUCAGACGUAGUCGCUCAUGUACGUAGAUACGCGCCAUUUCAUUAGUUUACAUACAUUUCCCAUGUGUCAUGUCAUACAUGUAAGUAUACCGUAUAUGUACAUGCAACCGGAUGCAUGCGAUGGGUCGAUGGUGCACCACUUAAUAUGUGUCUGUAAAAACAUUUUUCCUCAUUAAACCUGUGAAUACAUAUUUACAUACU